CCCUUCUUUGAUAGGGCCCAUUACUCCAUAAUGGGCGACAAGGGAGACACAACCAAGAAGCAGCAACAACAGCCUCAACAACAGCAACCUCAAUCUCACCUUCACCACCAACACCAACAGCAGCAACAACAAACACAACAACAACAAACUCAGCAAAUUUCAUCUUCUCCUAAAGCCCCACGUGAGGAAGCUAUCACAGAAGUUAGGCCAAUCCACCACCAUCAACAAUUAUCACCGGUUGUGGUUGUGACUGGAGCACCUCCUUUCAUUUCUAGUCCUUUGUAUGUUUCAAGCGGUGCAAGUUCUUCACCCUAUGAGCCUCAGUUUGAGACGCUGAACCCCAAGAGACCCAGAUACAGUGGACAAUGGAAGCAGCUUCUACCUUCCCCUCCUGCGCAGCCAAAACAGUCCCAAAUGGCCAUGCUUCCCACCACAGAAUCAAGCCCUUCACCAACCACGCACACUUCACCAAAUCCACAACAACCCCAAACACAAACAGCUUCUUCAUCAGACACUUCCUCGUCUCCAACUCACUCUCUCCCAUUGCUCUCGGGAGGUUCUGGCCAAGAAGGGAGCAAGCAAGAGGGAGAGCAAGUUCACCAGCAACUCAGAAAGGGGAAAUAUGUGAGCCCAGUUUGGAAGCCCAACGAAAUGCUGUGGCUGGCAAGGGCUUGGAAGGAACAAUACCAAGGAGGCGGUGGUGGUGGAUCUGAAUCUUCUUCACGGGCAGAACAACAACAUCAAGCGGAAUUGGGAAUCACAAGGGGGAAAACUAGGGCUGAUAAGGAUAAAGAAGUGGCUGAGUUUCUCAAGAGGCAUGGGGUCAAUAGAGAUGCUAAAACGGCAGGCACUAAAUGGGAUAACAUGUUAGGUGAGUUCAGAAAAGUAUACGAAUGGGAAAGAGGGGGUGAAAGGGAACAAAUUGGGAAGAGUUAUUUCAGGCUUUCACCGUAUGAGAGAAAGUUACACAGACUCCCGGCUUCUUUUGAUGAAGAUGUUUUUGAAGAACUUGCACAGUUCAUGGGGUCCAGAAUGAGAUCUUCUCAAGGCAGGGCAGGUUCAUCUUUUGUGUCAGGAGACGAAGCUAGAACGGCUCUUGCUGCUGCAAGAGCUCUUCCACCACCACCUCGACCCUUCAAAGAUGAUGAAACCCCUCUCUCAGGGACAACGAAACAAUUGGCCAUAACAAGUGGGGUUGAACCUUUCUUCCAUGGCUCAAGAGGGGGUUUAUUAGGGUUAGACACACUCGUGGACGUUUCAGGCUCUUCUUCAUCAUCUAAAGAGCUCCGUAGAAUAGGGAAGAUAAGAAUGACAUGGGAGGAAUCAGUGAGUUUAUGGGCAGAAGAAGGAGAAAUACAUAGAGGGAGAGUGAGGCUUCAAUCUUCUAGCUUUCUGAACGCGGAUGAACUCACUUGCUUUGAUGAGGCCAUGGUGCCUUGUCCUAUGGAAUAUUUCGAAGAUGGGCCUCUGAAAGGUUUUUCUGUUGACAGAUUCGUUUCCGGACAGCAAGUCAAAGUUUUUGGCAGAAGAAAGUCUUCCCCAGCCUCAGAUUCUUCUGGUUUUGCUGAAAGAGUCCAACUUCCCUCCAAAGCACUUCCCAUUAGAUGUGAGUGCUCUCUUUUUCCCAGUGGUCACUACCCUCAUUCCAUGUUCGAGCCAAGAAUUAUUAUAUUUUGCGUUGGUGUUGCAGCGAUUGCUACAUUGGAUUUUCGAGACCCAACAGAAUACUACAUGGAAUGUCUCUUACGUGCGUCCCCACAAACCCUCCCAAGUCUCUACGAGUUAAGGCGCCACCUACAAGAGCCACCACCGGAAGACCUACGUUUUCCUCUCCGAAGAGAUGUGUACGAGGAACUUCCCCAAGGGAAGGAACUCUUCUUCACAACCACACCCGAGCCCUUGGACUGCAGAACCAUAAUGUACGACAUCGUGGGCCCCAUUAUCCGCAUCCACAACCCUAGCCUCUCCCUCGCUGCAUCAUCCAGCCGCGACUCCUUCAUCCCCCUCUGGGACGAGUGCAUCAACCGCGUCAUCCAAAAGUUCUGCCCCGAAGAACUCACCCUAAUACGAAAACCCACGUCACCGCCACCAGAAUCGACGAACCAGUCCAUGUUGCAAGACCAAUGGCCCAACGUAACCGGUUUCGUCAACAAUUACUCUCUCUGGAGAGGCGAAGAAACGCACCAGUUGAAAGAGUCGCAACCCAAUCCAUCAACGACGUUAGUAGGGAAACUCAUGUGGACAUACAUGGAUCUUCCGUACAUUCUCGGAUACUACGCGGUGGCCAAUACUGUGACGUUUUGCGCGCUGAGUAGGUCGCAGGAUGGAAUAAUCAACCGCACCGAUUUACACGAAGUGAACUUGACCACCCCGGUGGAAAAGCUGAAGGCUUUGGUUCCGUGUUUCAGAAUAGGGUUGUUGUUAGCGUUGUUGAGUAAGCGUUGCGCGAGUAUAAGCAACUGCAAGGGAUUUACGUACAGUGAUUUCGAGAGGGUUUGCUACGGUAACGGGGUGGUGACGGAGGUGACGCCGAGUACGUGCACGAGGGUGUUUAUGGAGAAGCGCAAGUGGAUGGCGGUGAAGGAGGUUUAUGAGAUUCUGGACCACAGGAUACCGCAUGCAGAGGUUUUGGUGGGUUUUUCGGAGAGGGAACUGGGGUUGUCGUUUAAGCCAAGAGGGUGCCGUGUGAAGCCGGGAAACUGCGAAGAGUUGGUGGAGGCAUUGAAGUUCGUGACGAAGGCGAUGGUGGCGUUACACGACCUGUCGUUCAUGCAUAGGGAUUUGAAGUGGGAGAAGGUGAUGCGGCGGAGGGAUCGGGAGGAGUGGUUUGUGUGUGGGUUUGACGAGGCGGCGGGAGCACCGGAGCUGAAGGGACACGUGUCAGGGACGCGUGGUGGGCACGCGCCGGAGAUGGAACGGGGGUUGCAUGGGGUGAAGGUGGAUGUUUGGGGAGUGGGGAACUUGAUUAGGACGUGUGGGUUGGGAGGGGUGCCGAAGAUGCUUAGGGAGUUGCAGAAUCGGUGCAUGGAGCAGAACCCGGAGCAGAGGCCCACGGCGGCGGACUGCUACCACCACCUGCUGCAGCUGCAGUCGUCGCUGUCAUCCGCCGCCGGGGGAGUCAUGAUGAUGUGAUUGAUGAUGAGAAUGGAAAGGCAUUGUUUGGUUGGUUGGUUUUAAUUUAA